AUACCACAUGACUCAUUUGGGGUCAUUCGAAGGGAACACAAACCUGGCGGCAGUAAUUUUGCUGUUACUGAAGACAGUAUAAAAGAAUGUGUGAGACCAUGUUACCUAUUUUAUGCAGUUUGUAGCUUUGCAGAAGGGCAUCACAGAAGUCGUACCACAUCAUCUACUGAAGCCGUUUGACGAAAGGGAAUUAAAAGUGAUAGUUGAUGUAUUAGGCACGAUUGCUAUUGAUGAUUGGAAAGGCAAUGCAAGGUUAGAGGUAGGAACUCUGAAGUGUUUGUUUAAAGAACAGUUAAUGAAAAUAAAAUCUGUAAUCUAUGUCACUGGUUCUAAAGGAGCAUCAAAUACUUGCAUCAUAUAUAGAAAUUAAAGCCAAUAACCAAAUAAGCAAGCUGAUGUAUAUGUAUCCUUCCU